CGCACAUUCAAAUCAUUUGUCCCAUCUUCCCCUUAGUAUCUGUGUCAGCUGUCAGUCAUUUAGAAAAGCUGUGAUCUAAUCUGCGACUUAUUAUCUGCAGGAGAAGCAGUUUGUGUGUUUAGAGCUCCUUCAAUGGCUUUGUCAUCAGAGAAUUUAUCAAGGAUUCACAUGAUAUGAAUAAAAACAUCUUGGUGGUGUUACAGACGUCAGAGAGACCACAGACAGAGAGCAGUGUCUCCAGCAUCGGACUAUCUGUCUAUGAAGAGUGACCGGUCCAACCGUGAUCCUCCGACCUUCAGUAAUGAACCUGGACCCUCAGACACAAAACGUCAGAGAGACCACAGACAGAGAGCAGUGUCUCCAGCAUCGGACUGUCUGUCUAUGAAGAGUGACCGGUCCAACCGUGAUCCUCCGAACUUCAGUAAUGAACCUGGACCCUCAGACACAAAACGUCAGAGAGACCACAGACAGAGAGCAGUGUCUCCAGCAUCGGACUGUCUGUCUAUGAAGAGUGACCGGUCCAACCGUGAUCCUCCGACCUUCAGUAAUGAACCUGGACCCUCAGACACAAAAGAGCGGAUGAGGAAGAGGAGGAGUGGUGUGUCUGUGGCGGAGCAGCUGUCCUGCUGUUCUUUGUGUCAGAAGGACGUCCUGAAGGAUCCAGUCUCUACCAGCUGUGGACACUGGUUCUGCAGACAGUGUAUCAGCUCAUACUGGGACAAGUCUGCUUCAUCAGGAGACUUCUCCUGUCCUCACUGUGGAAAAAGAUCCAGGACAAGACCUGGACUGCAGACAGACAGUCAGACCAUCACUGUACAAAUGAAUGUUGCUCUCCAGGAGGUUUUACAUGAACAAAAGAUCAGUUUGAAGAGGAGAUGUGAACAUGUGACUGAAGGAACUGAUGAAGCAGGAAGUGAAACCCUCCUCAACAGCAUCUACACUGAGCUCUACAUCACAGAGGGACAGAGUGAAGAGGUUAAUACCCAACAUGAGGUGAGGCAGCUUGAGACAGCUUCCAAGAUGAAGAUCCUCCAUGACACUCCAAUCAAGUGUCACGACGUGUUUAAAGUCUUUACAGCUGAAGAGGAACACAAAAGCUCACCUGUUGAAUCCUCACCUGACAAAAAGAAACACAUCAGAGUCGUUCUGACGAGCGGCAUCGCUGGUGUUGGAAAAACCUUCUCAGUGAAGAAGUUCACUCUGGACUGGACAGAGGGCUUGGAAAACCAAGAUGUCAGUCUGGUGAUUCUGUUUUCAUUCAGGGAGCUCAAUUUGAUCAAAGAUGAGCAGUACAGUCUUCUCAUGCUGAUCCAUGUUUUCCAUCCAACAUUACAGAAGGUCACAGCAGAGAAGCUGGCUGUCUGUAAAGUUUUGUUCAUCUUUGACGGCCUUGAUGAAAGCAGACUUUCAUUAGAUUUCAACAACAUGACGAUCAUGUCUGAUGUCACACAGAAGUCAUCAGUCAACGUGUUGUUGACAAACCUCUUCAUGGGGAAUCUACUUCCCUCGGCUCUCAUCUGGAUAACUUCCCGACCUGCAGCAGCCAAUCAGAUCCCUCCUACAUGUGUUAACAGGGUAACAGAAGUACGAGGCUUCACUGAUGCCCAAAAGGAGGAGUACUUCAGGAGGAAAUUCAGUGAUGAAGAUCUGUCCAGCAGAAUCAUCUCACACAUUAAGACAUCCAGGAGCCUCCAGAUCAUGUGUCACAUCCCAGUCUUCUGCUGGAUCACUGCUACAGUUCUGGAGCACAUGUUGACUACAGACCAGAGAGGAGAGCUGCCCAAGACCCUGACUGACAUGUACUCACACUUCCUGCUGGUUCAGACAAAGAGGAAGAAGCACAAGUAUAAUGAAGGACAUGAGAUGAGUCCACAGGAGCUGACGAAGGCUGACAGGGAAGUUCUUCUGAAGCUGGGGAGGCUGGCGUUUGAACAACUGGAGAAAGGAAACAUCGUGUUCUACCAAGAAGACCUGGAUCAGUGUGGUCUUGAUGUCACAGAGGCCUCAGUGUACUCAGGAUUUUGUACAGAGAUCCUCAAAACAGAGAGUGUGAUCUUCCAGAAAAGAGUCUACAGCUUUGUUCAUCUGAGUGUUCAGGAGUUUCUGGCUGCAGUCUACAUGUACCACUGUUACACCAGCAGCAACACAGAGGUACUGGAGGCCUUCCUGGGGAAACAAUACAGUCACUCAUCCCUGGAUGACUUCCUGAUGAAAGCCAUGGAAAAAUCUCUCAGAAGUGAAAAUGGCCAUCUGGACCUGUUUGCUCGUUUCCUUCAUGGCCUCUCGGUAAAGUCCAAUCAGAGUCUCUUAGGAGGCCUGCUGGGUCAGAAAAAGAACAGUCCAGAAAUCAUUCAGAGAGCCAUCCACAAACUGAAGGAGAAGAGCAUCAACGUGUCUCCUGACAGAAGCAUCAACAUCUUCCACUGUCUGAUGGAGUUGAACGACCGCUCAGUACAUCAGGAGAUCCAAGAGUUCCUGAAGUCAGAGAACAGAUCAGAGAAGAAACUCUCUGAGUUCCACUGCUCAGCUCUGGCCUACAUGCUGCAGAUGUCAGAGGAGCUUCUGGAUGAGUUGGACCUGAAGAAGUACAAUACAUCAGACCAGGGACGACUGAGACUGAUCCCAGCUGUGAGGAACUGCAGAAAGGCUGUGCUUAAGAACUGUGGACUCUCAGAGACUCACUGUGAAGUUGUGGCCUCAGCUCUGAAGUCCAACCCCUCCCAUCUCAGAGAGCUUGACCUGAGUGAAAACUCCAACCUGAAGGACUCAGAAUGGAAGAUUCUGUCUGCUGGACUGGAGAGUCCAAACUGUAGACUGGAGACUCUGAGAUUGGAGAACUGCAGGUUGUCAGAGAUCAGCUGUGCUUCUCUGCUCUCAGCUCUGAAGUCCAACCCCUCCCAUCUGAGAGAGCUGAAUCUGAGUGAAGACCACAGUCGGGACGGUUCAAAAAGGAAUCUGCAGUUUGAUUUUCUGGAGAGUCCAGACUGUAGACUGGAGACUCUGAGAUUGAAGAGCUGCAGGUUGUCAGAGAUCAGCUGUGCUUCUCUGGUCUCAGCUCUGAAGUCCAACCCCUCCCAUCUGAGAGAGCUGGAUCUGAGUGGAAACUACAGUCGGGACGGUUCAGAAAGGAAUCUGCAGUUUGAUUUUCUGAAGAGUCCACACUGUAGACUGGAGACUCUGAGACAGGGCUGCCAGUCAGCAGGAUCUAUAGCUGCUGCCUUGAUGGACUCACAUACUUCAGGAUCUGUUCCAGUUGAUGGUGUCUGCAAGCUGUAGAGUAGUAGAAGUGUCUGUUGUGUCUG